UCAGUAUCAGAGAGCAGAGAGCAGAAUACUGAGCUGCAGCACACAGAUCACUUCACACAGCAAUUAUCAGCUAAAUUGUUUAGUUUACAAAGACUAAAACAAAGAAAAGGCAAGCAUGAAAAAAGACAAGUGGAAUGACAAGUGUCAGGGUGAGGAUGAGCUCCAGACAGAGAAAGAGCUAAAGAGAAAGAAAAAAGAUGAGAGACAGAGGAAGCUGGAGGAGAAGGAAAAGCAGAAGGAGAGAAAAAGAGAGGAGGAGGGGGAGAAAACUCAGGGAGGAAGACUGACCUGGUGGAUUCGAUGGAGAUCGAGCCGGGUUAAGAGGCAGAAACUGGAGAAACUCAAACAGCUGGAAGAAAAAGAGGAAAUUCAACAAAAUAAAGACAGAGAAGAAGAGAUGGAGGAGAAAAUAAGAGAGUUGAAAGAGGAGAAAGUGAGAGAGAUGAAGAAGCAGAUAAGGAAAGAAAUGGAGAAGAGAAAGGAAAUGAGAAAAAUGGAGGAGGAGAGAGCGAGAGAGAUGGAGAAGGAGGAGAAAAUAAGAAAAUUAAAGGAGGAGAAAGUGAGCGAGAUGAAGAAGAAGAUAAGGGAAGAAAUGGAGGAGAGGAAGAAAGUGAGAGAGCUGGAAAAGAAGAAAGAGAGAGAGAUGGAAGAAGAGCAACUGAGAAAGAUGGAGAGGUGGCUAAUUAGGGAUGUUGAGAAGAAACAAAUUAGAGAGAUGGAGGAGGAGGACCUGAGAAAGAUGGAGAGGAAAAACAGCGAGUUAAAGGAUGAAAAAGUGAGAGAGAUACUGAAGAACAUAGGGGAAGAAUUGGAAAAAGUGAUAGAAAUUGAGAAGAAGAUAAUGAGAGAGAUAGAGAAGAUAGAGCUAGAAAAGAAGAGAGAGAUGGAGAAGGAGAAAGAAAGACAGAGUAAAAUGGUUAUGACCAAGCAGAGGACAUCCGAAGACUCACAAAACCAAGUCGGUCAGUGCUCGGGCUCCCCGCCUGCCCUCAGCACAACCCUACAUCCAGAGAAAAGGGUAAAAGAUGACACUAAAACUGAAAAUCACAAGAAAGAACAGCCCGCAAAGAAGAGGACCGAAAUCAGCUGUGAUAAAUCUAGCAGUGGAAAAGAAGACGGGCCCAAAUCCAAGAGCAUUACGAGACGCAUAGUGGACUGGAUCACUAAUAAAAUAAGGAGGCACUACGACAAAAAGAUUAACAAGAGUAUGAAGAGAGAGAUUAUAUUUGAACACGCCUGCAUUACCUUGUAUAGUGACGAUCUGCGGGGAUAUGAAAUAAUACAAGCGGCCGACUAUGAAAAAAAGAAGCAGGAGCGGCUUAAGAAGAAAGGAGAAAAAUGGCAGGGGCUGAAAAACGAGUUUAGUACUUGGGAGCAGGAAUGUGAAGAAAAAAGAGCAAAGAAAAAAAAUAAGAAGAAGGACAAAACGGAGAAAAAGAACAAGACUCAGAGGAAGAAGGAGCAGAAGGAAGAAAAGGACCAAGAAAUUCUGCAACCAGAUUCUGAUUUCUCACCAAGGGAACCUGUGAUCAUCACUGAACAGCCACUAAUACCGAGCCCAGAACCCAAAGAGGAAGAGUCACACCAGGGCUCAGGCUCCUCAGCUGUGGAACAACAGUCAGAUCUUUCAGAAACUAAAGUCAGGCUUAUCAUGGUUGUGCCAAAAAAUCUGAGACCAAAAUCCCCAGUUGAUGAGUCUUGUCAGUGCACGCGCUCCUUGUCAGUGGAACCACAACCUGAUUCAUCAAACUGUAAAGUCAGAUUCAUCAUGGUACGGCCGAUCAGUUCAAUCCCAGAACCAACGGAUGAUGAGGCCCAUUAGUACUCUUGUUCCAUGUUUCCCUAGCACACCUUUGUUCCUCAUAACUGCUGCAAUUACGGCCACUGCAGGUUGUGUGAUGGCACCUACACUAUGAGAUGUGGAAUAAUGGCGAUCAGUGUGCAACUCUCCGUAUGCUACACUGAUCUCCAUAUGAACACGCCUUGUUCAGGUGAAAAGAAGCGGUUGGCUACUGCACACGUGUGGGUUAGUCACAGCUCUCCUCAGUCAGAAGUGGAAGUCUGCAGCAGUACAGGUGAAAAUCCAAAUCGGGUAAAAACAACCGGGGAAAAUGCAUUAAAAACAUCCGAACUGGCACUUCAUAACAUAAAAAUAUAGUAAUUAAGGAGAACAGUAACCAGAGCAGCUCUGAUGGUGCCACGCUAAUAAAUAGGAUGAGCCUAAAGACAGGAGCACGAUGGGCCGCAUCGUGGAUGGGGGUGGGAGGUCAAUAGAAAAAUGAAAGAGUAAGACCAAAGUAAGAUGGAAAGAAGCCUAAAGAGAGAAGAGGACUCAGGACACAAGUUCUUCUACAUCAGAUCUGCUGACAAGAGGGCAAAUUGGCACAAGUGGCUGAUUAUGACAGGGCAAAUGGGAGGAAGAAGAAUCAGAGGAAAGAAGAGGAGGAGAAGGAGUGAGAGACCCAGCAGCCUGAUUCAGUUUGAAGCAGGUGAAUUGAGAUCAGCUCUAGAAGAAAGAGAAAGGCAUCAAGCAUUGCAGACUAGCAGAAGAAAGCAGAAGGACAGAGUGCAGAGGAAACAAAGAUGAAAGAUGCAGUGGACUACAAUCUCCAGCUGCAUUAAGAUCAAUAAACUGCUAAAUGAAAUCCACUGUAUAUUUUUAAAAGCUUUUAACUAAUAAAUGUCAGUCAGAAGAGGAA